GUUAACUAACAUGACACUCUGUCCAAUGUUAACGCGUCAGCUUUUUAAACAAACCUAUUUCGCCUGAUUAAACAUUAAUUGGCGAAUACACCGGCUGACAAUUAACGCGGAAUCGGUAGGGGAUCCAAUAUGGAGAGCCUAUACCACCAGACCAACAAUGCGGUAAAGGAUAUCGAGCGGGACUUCCAGCGGCUGAGUCAGCUGAGUGCCCAGGAAUCCCUUGACGUGGAAAAUGGGAUACAAGUGAAGAUUACCCAGGCGAAUUCCAACUGCGAUCGGUUGGACGUGCUGCUGUUCAAGGUGCCACCUUCCCAGAGGCAGAGUUCCAAGCUCCGCGUUGACCAAUUGAAAUACGACUUGAGACACCUGCAGACAUCCCUGCAAACCGCCCGGGAACGAAGACAGCGCCGGAUGCAAGAGAUCUCGGAGAGGGAACAGCUCCUGAAUCACAGAUUCACGGCCAACAGUUCGCAACCGGAGGAAACACGCCUGCAACUGGACUACGAACUGCAACAUCAUUCCCAGCUGGGCAACGCCCAUCGGGGAGUGGACGACAUGAUAGCCUCCGGGAGCGGCAUUCUCGAGAGCCUUAUCUCCCAGAGGAUGACCCUGGGUGGCGCCCACAAGAGGAUCCAGGCCAUAGGCAGCACACUGGGUCUGUCCAAUCACACCAUGAAACUCAUUGAACGCCGGCUGGUCGAAGACCGUCGAAUAUUCAUUGGAGGAGUAGUGGUCACCCUGCUUGUCAUCGCCCUGAUCAUCUACUUCCUAGUGCUCUAAGAUCAAGACAGUUUGUUUAGGCGAGUUUAAAUUAAAUGUAACUCUAUUUUGUAAAGUGUUAAA